AUGCAGUUCCCCGAGUCCGGAUCGACCGAAAGGUCCAGCCAAGAUGCCGCAAUCAACCGUGGCGAAGCCCUCAGGCGUCUGGAGAUGAACGAACCUGCAGUAGACCACGCGCCUUCCGUACUUCAUUCGCCGUCGUCGAUACUGCCCUCGCUCCAGAUCCGAACCGACUUGCCCAGUAUUCGUCCGACCAGCUCGAAUCGCGAUUCCGAUCCAUUAGCCUCCCUCAGCGUAUCCUCCGGAAGCAUCCUGCAGCGGACUCCCAGUCUGCGCGCGCUUAUCGCCCCUCCCAUCUCGAGUGCGGGCUCUUUAUCACCCGCCUCGUUUAUGUCCUCGCCCCAGCUGAAUGCUAUGGGCGAUAUCACUCCUCUGCCAUCUCCCAUCGGCGGAUCAUCACCGUGGCGGCGCGGAGACCUGCCGUCUCUAUCUCGCACAUCGUCCGCUGCAUCGCGAAGCGCAUCUAGUUUGCGCCUGAGCGAUUCUUCGCAGAUGCUGAGUCCACCAGUGUCACGCUCUCGCGGGAAAACAUACAACGGGCUUGACGGUAUGGGGGAGAAUUCACCAGUGCCGGGCCAACUUCGCCACGACUCACCCACAAAACAUGUGCGCAACCGCAGUCUCAGCGACUAUGCACCGCCUGGCCGAACGAGUCUGCCUCGUCCGAUUGCCGUUUCCGGUGCAGCUGCUCAUGGUAUCGCUCCGUCGUCAAGUACGGACUCGAAAUCAGCCGGCCUCCACCGCGAACAAUACUUGGCCGUGCGUCGAGGUAUCGCCCUGCCUACUGUUCGCCCUCCGAGCCCGCCUCGCAGUAGUGGCAGUGGAUAUUGGGACAGUGACACGGAACAGGUCACUCAACAUCCCGUGCCGUUCUCGGCCUCCGAUGAAAUCUAUUCGGUGAAAUCGAUUCGCACACAGCAAGCCCGAAUGUACCGAAAGCUUCGCGUGCUGGGUCAGGGCACCUUCAGCAAGGUCUGCCUGGCCGCACGCGUGGAGCAAAUGGUGCAGACACCAUUAUCGCCUGACGUCGACGGUCGUGGUGAGACUGCCGCGCCUGCUGCCACUCAGAAGCUAGUCGCGGUCAAAAUUAUCGAGCAUGGCCCAGCCGGGGGUGCAGAUGAGGAACGACUUGAGAUAUCUUUGAAGCGCGAAGUCGAUAUUCUAAAGUCGGUGAACCACCCGUCUUUGGUUCAACUCAAGGCAUUCGGAAGCGAUGAGAAGCGCGCCUUGCUUGUUCUGGACUAUUGUCCCGGUGGUGAUCUGUUUGAGUUUGCAACCUCUGGCGGUCAACCGAUUUCGCCUGGCUUGAUUCAACGUAUCUUCGCCGAGUUAGUCGAUGCCGUGCGCUAUCUUCAUUCUCGUUACAUUGUUCACCGGGACAUCAAAUUAGAGAAUGUUCUGCUCACCAUGCCCUCCCACGCCCUGGAGGAUGUGACAGAUUGGCGUACUUACGACCGUGCAGUAGUUGUUCUCAGCGAUCUGGGACUGUCAAGACGCAUCCCCGAACCACCUGAGUGUCCGCUGUUGAAGACUAGAUGCGGUAGCGAAGAUUAUGCGGCACCGGAGAUUCUUAUGGGACAAUCGUAUGAUGGCCGUGCGACCGACGCGUGGGCCCUUGGCGUGCUUCUGUACGCCAUCAUGGAGAACCGUCUGCCAUUCGACGUGCUUCCCGGCACUCGUGGUGACCCAGCUAAACUCAGGGCCCGCACACCGCAUCGCAUUGCCCGUUGCGAGUGGAGCUGGUACCGAUACGCCAACGAAGACGAAGAGUGGGAUCCUGAAAAGGGGCAAGGUCUCGAUGGUGCCCGUGACUGCGUGGAGGGUCUACUCAAGCGCAACACCAAGCGCAAGUCACUCGAUGAGAUUGCUGCCUUGCCUUGGGUAUGCGAUGCCAUUGAUGUCCCUGCCGGCCUCAAACGAGGCGAUAAAGAAGUGCCGUAG